AUGUUGUUGCGUUUACAGUUUGAACUUGUUCCCGAUGAUCCUAUUCCACAGUGCACAGCUGUUCAUCAGACUCUUGUAGAGGGAGAUGCAACUCUGUCUAAUGAAGAGGAAAUGGCUCGAUCAUCAAGAACAAACCGUUUUGAAGGGGGCCACAAUCCGAGACAGUACCAGGCCACUGGCACCGUCCCAGUAACGAAAAUCCAAACGAUCGUGGCUGGCAUUGCUCCUACUACGGUCGAAGAGAUCAGUGGAACAGACGCUUUCAGAAUCGUCCUCGUUGGUAUAAUGCUAGCUAUCGUGCUCAUCGAGAUGACCAAUGCGAUCGUCCGCAGAGCAGUUCCAGUGUGA